UGGAACCACAAAACAAUGGCGGAAACUUUCACAUCUAAUCUAGCCGGAAUGUCAAAGAACCAAUUAUAUGACAUCAUGUCUCAAAUGAAGACUCUGAUUGAACAGAACCAGCAGCAAGCUAGACAGAUACUUGUGGAGAAUCCUCUUCUGACUAAAGCCCUUUUCCAGGCACAAAUUAUGCUUGGAAUGGUGCAACCUCCUCAAGUGAUGCCAGGCAUUCAGCAAGCACUUUCUCAGCAUCCUCAGCAAAUGGCACUAUCAGGUCAGCAGCCAAAUCUUCAAGCUGCUCAGUCGUUGCCUAUGCCAUUUGGACAGCCAGACCAAUCAAGUGCAUCUGAGGCUCAAAUUCAAUCGAGGAAGCACCACCCAAAUCAACCUGUAAUGCCCAUUGCAUCUGGUUCUGUUUCACCAGUGACACUUCAGUCCCAGAGCACGCCAUCACAUGCCCUACCAACUGUGCAGCAGGCUAAGGGACAUCCAAACCCACCACCAACUUCCAUGCCACAUUCACUAUCCUCUCAACUUCAUAAUAUACCUUUGCCUAAUAUCCUCAAUCAGCCGCAACAAUCAUUGCAGACCAGUGGUGUUCCACUUAUGCCGCUGCAAUCGCCUCUGCGACCACCUAUGCUACAGAAACCUAGGCCACCUUCAAUGCCACCUUACCAACAUCAGCAUCAUUUGAAUACGGGUGCGAGUCUGGGUUUCCAGCAAUUUGGUGCAUCCCAGCCUCAUCUUUUACAAUCCGUAUAUCAUUCAGGUGCCAAACCUCCAGCUAACAUUGGUCCUUCAUUUCUGUUGGGACAGCAACCACUUCCAAAUCAGCCACCACCGCAAUCACUUUAUCAGGCUGGAGGAUCACAUUUGGUGACAGAUUUUGGUAAUCAAGCCGGAGGCUCCAUGCAAAUGGAAAGAGGAGCUUCUUGGAUGACCGGUCCACCAGACAAUGCAACAGGACGGCUUGCAGGUCCACCUUCAUUGACCCCUGGUCAAUUGGGCUUGGGAGGUCAGGUUCCUCGUUCACCACAGUUGACUGCUGAAAUGGAGAAGGCACUGCUUCAGCAGGUCAUGAGUCUCACAUCAGAACAGAUGAAUUUGUUACCACCUGAGCAGAGGCAUCAAGUGCUUCAGCUACAGCAGAUGCUGCGCUAAUUGUGGGAGUCUGCUUGUUUUGAGAAGCACGAGUAUGCAGCAAGUGAUAUAUUCUCUUGAUGAUAUUGAUAUUGUAAUAUCCCAAUCAUUGUGGCAGAGAAUGUUUCAGUGCUCUUUCCCUUUAGAUCGAGUUAUUGGACUGCUUCAUCGAAGAAGUACGAGGAAGUUCUUUUUCAAUAUGAGGAAGUUGAAGCCAUCAAGAUCUUGUGCAAGAGAAGGCAGAACAUAACUUUUUUCCUUCGGGUUCUUGCUGCUGUGUGCUGUUCAUGGCCAAUCAAUGCUGCUUCAGAUUACUGUGGAUUUGCCUCAAUGUUUUCCAGCGCAGGGAAAUCUGUCUUGGUCAUUCACUCCGAAACUUUUCUAUCCUUAUCCUUGUUGCUCUGUUCUAUUACUGUUUUUUUUGGUAAACCCUUGUGGUUCUAGAGUCUAAACAGUUACAUUGUAACUAGUCAUUUCAAGACUAAAGCCUUAGGUUAGAGAAGAGGGC